AAAGACAAGGAAACUUCUUCUGCCCAAGCUUCAACCGUCCUUGCCACAUCCCCGUGGUCAACAAAGGAAGCCUUUCUUUCUACUGUACUCCCACAAACUACAAAAGUCGAACACAGUACAGAAAACUUACUAUACAAAGCUGCGGAUUGCUCGGAAUACAGAGAAAAUUUAUCUCGACUAGGACGAAGAGUUACUGCAGGAAAAGAAACAAUUAAGAUUACGUUAGAUGGAGAGAUUGCAAAUGUUAAUUGCGAUUUUGAUGAAUCGAACGCAUGGACAGUUAUUCAACGUAGAAUGGAUGGAAGUGUAGAUUUUUACAGAGGAUGGGAGGAUUACAAAAAUGGCUUCGGAAAUCCUGAUGGAGAGUUAUGGCUGGGUCUAGAUAAGCUCCACAAAAUGACUUCAAGAAAAAGCUAUAGUUUACGAAUUGAUCUCUUAAACUGGGAAGGCGAAAAAAGAAAUGCUGCUUACAGUACCUUCCGAAUUGGAGACGAAGAUUCAAAUUAUCGCCUCACUGUAUCGGGAUACUCCGGAAAUGCAACGGAUGGGAUGAGUUAUCACAAUGCUAAACCAUUUAGUACCCAUGAUAGAGAUAAUGAUGCACAUAGCAGUACUCACUGCGCUGAAUAUUAUCAUGGAGCAUGGUGGUAUGAUACUUGUUAUAGAGCAAAUCUGAAUGGGAAAUAUUACAAAAGUUCGUCAGGGCCUGGAGGCAAUGGGGUAUCUUGGAAAUUUUGGGAUGGGGAUGAUUAUUCCCUCAAAUUUGUCCAAAUGAAAAUUAAGCCAAAUUAGCAAGCAAUUUGUAAUAUUGAUCAAAAUUAGAUAAAUUUCUAACAUCUGUAAACAGUUUGUUUAAACUUUUUUAAAUAUGAUAUGUAUUGGAAGUAAUCUUUAAGUUGCAAUGCCUUAUAACUGGCUGAAUUUGGUGAUAGCAAUACAUUGCAGUGAUAAACUUUCCAAACAGAUCAUCGGUUUUAUGAAUCAGUUGCACCAACUGAGCUUGACACUCAAGCGACUU